GUGUGCCUCCUUUGUGUUGCAGUAUGAACGCGCAAGGUUACUUCCGCCACUCCCCUUCCUCCAUAAAAGGUGCAGUUCGUUGCGAGACACUACUAUAGAGUUUCAAUCUCCUAGUUGCGAAUCCAAUCCACCACCGAAGUCCAAUGCCGGUCAACAGAGAAGGGAAAAGAAUGGAGAACGGCUUGGCCAUUGAUUCCGGCGACUACAGACUGGAGCUUCUUUCUCCGGCCACCAACGGCGCUGCCGAUGCCUCCUCCUGGCGUCUCAAUCUCGAAGAGUUCCGUCUUCCGGAGCGUGCUUCCGACCCUCCUUUCUCAUUCCGUCGCCUUAUUCGCACUCCGAGGAAACAAGGCAAGAUUGCAGAAUACUACAAGAAGCAGGAAAGGCUGCUUGAAGGAUUCAAUGAGAUGGAGACCAUGAAUGAAAUGGGAUGCUUGCCUGAAAGUCAAACAGAGGAUGAAAUGAAGGAGCUUGCUAGGAAUGAGAAGAUGGCAAUUUAUGCAUCAAAUGUAGCCAAUUUACUUCUUUUCAUUGCUAAAGUUUAUGCUUUUAUUGAGAGCAAGUCAUUGGCUGUUAUUGCUUCGACUAUGGAUUCCCUAUUGGAUCUCUUAUCAGGAUUUAUUCUGUGGUUCACUGUCCAUGCCAUGAAAACCCCAAACCAUUAUCGCUAUCCUAUUGGAAAGAAGCGAAUGCAGCCAGUGGGUAUCAUUGUUUUUGCUUCAGUAAUGGCGACUCUUGGAUUACAAAUAUUGCUCGAGUCUACUCGGCAAUUCAUUACAAAGUCUAGGCCAGACAUGAGUCCUGAGAAUGAAAGAUGGAUGAUUGGCAUUAUGGUUGGGGUCACAGUAGUGAAGUUUCUGCUCAUGCUGUACUGUCGAAGAUUCAAGAAUGAGAUUGUUAGAGCCUAUGCUAAAGAUCAUUUCUUCGAUGUCGUUACUAAUUCAAUUGGUCUAGCAGCAGCUGCUCUGGCUGUCAGAUUCUACUGGUGGAUGGAUCCAACUGGGGCGAUAAUAAUAGCAGUAUAUACAAUUAGUACCUGGACAAGGACAGUGUUUGAGAAUGUAUGGUCGCUGAUUGGAAGGACGGCCCCUCCAGACUACGUAGCCAAGCUUACAUAUCUUAUAUGGAAUCACCAUAAGGAGAUCAAGCACAUUGACACGGUUAGAGCGUAUACUUUGGGUUCUCAUUACUUUGUGGAAGUUGACAUAGUGUUACCAGAGGAGAUGAUCCUGGGCCACGCACAUAAUAUCGGUGAGACGCUCCAAGAAAAGCUCGAGCAACUUCCUGAAGUCGAACGAGCAUUUGUACAUAUCGAUUUUGAGUAUAGUCACAGGCCAGAACACAAGGUCAGAGUAAAAUGACAAUUUUCAUGGUAGAGAUUGGUCUUUCUGCCAUUCAAGUGUCCUAAAAUAUUUUGCUUCCUUUGUUUGCUUUUGGAGAUCACUUCGCCUUCAAAUACAAUUUAGCAGGCUGACAGAUUGGUAGACUCAAUUAUCCUCUCUCUCUGGAUUGAUUGUUACAUUAUUGGGAAGUUGGCUUAUCUGCCCGCGAAAAAAGAAAAGCCUUCUUGAUUUCAA